GGCUCUUCUAUGCCCGAUUGGAGCCCGGGAAAGGAGAGAAUGGAAAAACGAUGACAUUGACGGUGAUCAUUUUGAUAGAUUUCACAUUGGUUGGGAUGGUAGUACUUGUUGUGAUGGGUAGAACUGUGACUGAUUUACCAUCACUUGCCGAACUGAGCAGUUCUCUCUUCUCCUAGACGCUGUGAGGAAAAUCCCUGUUGCUUGAACAUGAAAACAAUCCAAUCAAAAAGGGAAUCUUGAAAAGGAUGACUGUUCCUCUCCAGCUGAUAAGACGGAGCCUUUCAUAGCUCUUCUGCACCCUGUCACAAUACUCUGCUCUCAUUACUGUCAGUCUGCAUGGGAUCUUUGAUAUCUCCAGCGUCUUUCUCAGUCUUUGGAUGCAGGAUACUUCAGUAAACAGUCUAGACACAGUACAGUGAUGACAAACGACCUCAGACAAAUCUCAAAGAACCGUCACACCGGGUUCUUACGGCUGAGGAAGGCCCAGUGCUUCGCUGACUCGUAAUGACGGUGGACAUCCACAAGGAGAAGGUGGCCAGGCGAGAGAUCGGGAUCCUCACAACCAACAAGAACACGUCGAGGACCCACAAGAUCAUCGCCCCUGCCAACAUGGAGCGGCCGGUCCGAUACAUCAGGAAGCCCAUCGACUACAACGUGCUGGACGAUGUGGGCCACGGGGUCAAGUGGCUCAAAGCCAAGCAGCAUGGAAAUAAUCAGCCAAUCAGAGGAGGAGGAACACUAUCGAGGACCAAUCCGCCGACACAGAAGCCGCCUAGCCCGCCGCCCGUGACAGGGCCGAUGUCAGGGCGUGGCACUCUAGGACGCAAUACGCCCUAUAAAACUCUGGAGCCGGUGAAACCGCCCACAGUACCCAACGACUACAUGACCAGCCCCGCUCGUCUAGGCAGCCAGCACAGCCCUGGGCGCACUGCUUCUCUCAACCAGAGACAAAGAACCCACAGUGGUAGCAGUGGGGGUAGUGGUAGCAGGGAGAACAGCGGGAGCAGCAGUAUUGGCAUUCCCAUCGCCGUGCCUACGCCCUCCAUUCCCAACUCUGGACCAGUCCCGCCAAUGUCCGCUCUCCCACCCCCCCCUCCUCCACUUCCUGGUCAUCAGGCUCCUCCGCCGCCUCCUCUCCCGGGGCAGGGCACCCCAAGGGCUCCUGCAGUGAUAGCGGUGGCUCCCGGGCCUGGUCUAGGCCCCAUCCCCAUGUCCCAGUUCGGCACCAUCUCACGGCAGAUCUCACGGCACAACUCCACCACCUCCUCGGUCUCCAUGGUUUCGGCCACGGGCACCUACCGCCGGGCGCCGUCCGUCAGCUCCCAGUUCUCCCUGCAGCAGCAGGCCCUACAGCUACAACAGCAGCAGAUACAGCAGCCAUACAUUAACGGGGGCACCCCCGCCUACCCCCACAACUCAAUGUCUAUCGCUCCCCCUCCUCCUCCCAUGCCCCAGCUGACUCCACAGAUACCUCUGACAGGCUUUGUGGCCAGGGUGCAGGAGAACAUUGCGGACACACCUACUCCACCUCCGCCUCCUCCGCCGGAUGACCUGCCCAUGUUUGAUGAGGCUCCUCCCCCUCCUCCACCCCCGCCAGUUGACUACGAGGAGGAAGAGGAAGCAGCUGUGGUGCACUACAACGACCCUUAUGCUGACGGAGACCCCCAGUGGGCGCCCAAGAGCUACAUAGAGAAAGUGGUGGCCAUCUACGACUACGCAGCAGAUAAAGACGAUGAGCUGAGCUUCGUGGAGGGAGCCAUCAUCUACAUCAUCAAGAAGAACGAUGACGGCUGGUUCGAGGGCCUAAGCAGCGGGGUCACGGGCCUGUUCCCCGGCAACUACGUCGAGUCCAUCAUGCACUAUGCCGAGUGAAGGCACCCCUACUCCAGUGUAUUGAUUCAGUCAUAUCUAGGUUACUACAGAGAUCAAUAAAAACAGGAGUCUGACCAUACAAAUCUUAGAGAAGUGAUUUUGGAUAUGACGGAACGCUUGUUCCCUUAUACUAAUUGCAAAUAAAUAAAACGAUUUACUUUAUUUAGGUGUUGUGGGACAUUUUUAUAAAGUAUACAAAGAAUGAAUAGGAUAAGGCUGAUGACGUGCUCACAAGGGCUGUGGUGUAAAGAUGUUUUCAAAGACCACGGUAAAACUAGCUGAAGGACAUUAAAGUUUUAUUCUUCUUUGUUCUUCCUGUCUACAUAUGCGCAACAUAACACCCGACCCCGACUAUUCAUCUAUACAUUAUUCAUGAGCUUAUCUUGAUUUCUUUGUGUAUCAAGAGUAUUACGCUAUAUGGAGCAUAUGUAGGCAUUCUGGUGAUCUUGUGUGCACACCUUCAGUGGAAGUGUUACUACUGUUAAUUGUAUAUAAUGUGAGUGAGCUGCAGCCUGUUGGGUGUCUAGUGUAAAUGCUAAUCAUGGUAUCUCAAGCAGGUUACAUGCCACACAUGCAAAUGUCCAACAGAAGAUUCUGUUCCGUUUUCUAUAAUCAAGGUUCUCACAAUCACAAAGCUGAUCCAUUUUGGAUGUUGAAUUCAAACUUAAAUGGCUUUUUAUGCGUAACAAAACCUUUAACUUUUUAUUUCAGUCAUUCCUGAAAUUAAGUCUGGAUGUAAAGCAUGCUAAAUUAAAAAAUGUAUAACCUCUACGUUUUAAUGCCAUUAUGCUUCCAUUUUGUUGUAAUAUUGACAUUUUUAAUUUUUUUUUAUUGAUUGAAUUACGUAGAUAUAAAAGCCAUUUUCGGA